GCUGAUUGAUUAGCUGGUGUCUGGUGUGCUGCUGUGGUUUGAUGCUCUUAGUUGCUGUCUGCUGUGGUUUGAUGCUCUGUGAUUUAGCCGCUGCAAACAUGAGUGCCGGAGGAGGAACCCCUUACAUCGGCAGUAAGAUAAGUUUGAUAUCCAAGGCUCAGAUGCGGUAUGAAGGAAUCCUGUCGUCCGUCGACACCGACAGGUCCACGGUGGCGUUAGCCAAAGUUAAAUCCUAUGGGACAGAGGACCGGCACACAGACAGACCAGCGCCUCCCAAAGAUGAAAUUUAUGAAUACAUAAUCUUCAGAGGAAGUGACAUUAAAGAUAUCACUGUGUCCGAGCCACCGAAACAACACCAUGGACUGCCUCGUGACCCAGCUAUUGUACAGUCAUCCCUUGGCAACUCCUCUGCUGCGUAUCACCCACGCUGGAGUUCAUACAGAGACAUGAUGCCCACCUACAACCAGCUGGCUGCUACUUCUCUACUCAACCAGCAGUACAAUGCAGCACUAGGCCUAGUACCAGGACUUCACGGCAUCCCCGCCAGAAGAGCUCCCAUGGUGGAGCAGGCCGUCCAGACCGUGCCCUUGGCUGCAGGCGCCGCCGCCACCGCCCAGAAAAGAGGCUCCAAGACUCCAACCCAGCCGCAAGGCAGACAGCCUGCUCGUCCAACCCAGCGCUCCGGCCAGGUUCAGAAGGAGAACGUACCAAGCAGUCGGGCACCAUCUCAGCCAAGUGCAGCCAAGGUUCAAGGCCAGAGCACCGAGAACCAGAAACAAAGAGAAAAACAAGGCAGUCGCAGGUCCAGGAAUCGAAGCAGAGGUCAGCUUCUGGUGAAGAACUCGACCAAGGCCACAACCCUGCAGUUUGAGUCAGAUUAUGAUUUUGAAUCCGCAAAUGCUCAGUUUAAAGAUGAUCUCACGAAGGAGGUUGUGGUUGAAAAGGUGGAAUCUGGGGGGGAGGCCCAGGACAGCCAGGGUACACAGGAGGAGGACACACUCGGCGAUAAAUACUACGACAGAGCCAAAUGCUUCUUUGACAACAUCUCCUCAGACCUUAAGCCCAGGAGAACCACCUGGGCGGAGGAGAAAAAGAUGAACAUGGAAACUUUCGGAGUGCCCGGCCGCUUCCUGAGAGGCCGAGGCUUCAGGGGCCGAGGACGCAGAGGACAGAGCUCCACCGAGCAGCGGCCCCUCCCAAAAAUUGGCAGUGGAAGGGUGUGAAGGCUUUUCUUUUUUUGGUUUGUCUUUUUUUGUUAACAUUUCCUGUAAAUAUUGUAGUUUUCUACUUAUUUAAAAAGCACCUCCCUUCUUUCCCCAUUUGAAGCUAAGAUUUUUUUUUUUCCUCCAUCCCAAAUUUUAGGGAAUUUGUACUUUUGAAGCUUUAUUAUAUGAAAUGGGAGAGCAAUUUCUUUAAUCAAGCCGCUGUAUGCUAGAAGCAAAUUUAUUAAUUGGCAGUUUAGCAAAAUGCAAUGUGGAAUUUGUCUUUUGAACAGGCCAGCAGGCACAUAAUUUUUUUUUUGUUGCUAAAUAUGACAUUUUUCUGCUUAACUGUCCAAAUGUAACUCCGAAUAGCUUUUGGAGGACAGCUGUACUUUAUUUUUUUCCCCCUACUUGUAAAAUGAAAACUGUGGAGGACUUUGUAACAGUUGCUAUUAAAUAACAUAUGAUUAACAGUA